CUAGUGAGCGCCGCUGCGCCAGCAAACCUCCGGGGCCAGGACCGGCGCUCACUCGACCGCGCGGCUCACGGGUGCCCUGUGACCCCACAGCGGAGCUCGCAGCGGCUGCCACCCGGCCCUGCCAGCCAUGAGGCAUGCGCCUUCCCUGGUCCUUUUCCUCCUGGUCGCCCUUUGCGGGCGUGGGGACUGCCGCGUGGCCAAUGCAGAGGAAAAGCUGAUGGACGACCUUCUGAACAAAACCCGUUACAAUAACCUGAUCCGCCCAGCCACCAGCUCCUCACAGCUCAUCUCCAUCAAGCUGCAGCUCUCCCUGGCCCAGCUUAUCAGCGUGAAUGAGCGAGAGCAGAUCAUGACCACCAAUGUCUGGCUGAAACAGGAAUGGACUGAUUACCGCCUGACCUGGAACAGCUCCCGCUACGAGGGUGUGAACAUCCUGAGGAUCCCCACCAAGCGCAUCUGGUUGCCUGACAUCGUGCUUUACAACAACGCUGACGGGACCUAUGAGGUGUCUGUCUACACCAACUUGAUAGUCCGGUCCAAUGGCAGCGUCCUGUGGCUGCCCCCUGCCAUCUACAAGAGCACCUGCAAGAUUGAGGUGAAGUACUUUCCCUUCGACCAGCAGAACUGCACCCUCAAGUUCCGCUCCUGGACCUAUGACCACACGGAGAUAGACAUGGUCCUCAUGACACCCACAGCCAGCAUGGAUGACUUUACUCCCAGUGGUGAGUGGGACAUAGUGGCCCUCCCAGGGAGAAGGACAGUGAACCCACAGGACCCCAGCUAUGUGGACGUGACUUACGACUUCAUCAUCAAGCGCAAGCCUCUGUUCUACACCAUCAACCUCAUCAUCCCCUGCGUGCUCAUCACCUCGCUGGCCAUCCUCGUCUUCUACCUGCCGUCCGACUGCGGCGAGAAGAUGACGCUGUGCAUCUCUGUGCUGCUGGCGCUUACAGUCUUCCUGCUGCUCAUCUCCAAGAUCGUGCCGCCCACCUCCCUCGAUGUGCCUCUCAUUGGCAAGUACCUCAUGUUCACCAUGGUGCUGGUCACCUUCUCCAUCGUCACCAGCGUCUGCGUGCUCAAUGUGCACCACCGCUCACCCAGCACCCACACCAUGGCACCCUGGGUCAAGCGCUGCUUCCUGCACAAGCUGCCUACCUUCCUCUUCAUGAAGCGCCCUGGCCCUGACAGCAGUCUGGCCAGAGCCUUCCUGCCCAGCAAGUCACACGUGACCAAGCCCAAGGCCACCACCACCUCCACCAGCCCCUCCAAACUCUAUGGGAACUCCAUGUACUUUGUGAACCCUGCCUCUGCAGCUCCCAAGUCUCCAGCCGGCUCCAGGGAUUUCUGGCUGCGGUCCUCUGGGAGGUUCCAACAGGACGUGCAGGAGGCAUUAGAAGGUGUCAGCUUCAUCGCCCAGCACAUGAAGAAUGACGAUGAAGACCAGAGUGUCGUUGAAGACUGGAAGUACGUGGCUAUGGUGGUAGACCGGCUGUUCCUGUGGGUGUUCGUGUUUGUGUGCGUACUGGGCACUGUUGGGCUCUUCCUACCGCCCCUCUUCCAGACCCACACGGCUUCGGAAGGGCCCUACGCUGCCCAGCGUGACUGAGGGCCCCCGGGUUGUGGGGUGAGAGGAUGUGAGUGGCCGGGUGAGCAGUUUGCUGCUUCCUUCUGGGUUGCGGCUGAUGAGGCCCUAAAUAAAUUUGACCACUGGCCAUCAACCCCAUCAAACCAGCCACAGCCAUGGAAGAGGCAAGGAUGGGGGCCUGGACUGUCCUCUCUGAAUGCCUUGGAGGGAUCCCAGGAAGCCCCAGCAGGAGGGAGCUUCAGACAGUUCAAUUCUGGCCCGUCUUCCUUCCCUGCACCGGGCAAUGGGGAUAAAGAUGAUAUCAUAGCAGCACCUACUAUGCGUCAGCCAUGGUGCCGGCCUGCCUCUCCAUCGCCAUCUCCCUCCACUUCCCCUUGUCCAGUCCCUCACACACUUCUAGUUUCUUCCCAGCUCAGAGGCUUGGCAU